AUUUUAAAAUUAGGCUUGUCUCUUUUUUCAUAUAUUUUUUGCAAUUUUCCAUUUGGAUAUACAUCCGGUGAUUAUUUGAUCAGUUGGCAAGAGAGAAUCUGAUGAACAUAACUUGAGUAUUUCUUGGAAAGCUCAACAAAGUCAGAAACAUAUUUUCAAUUUAAAACACACACACCAGGAGCUGUCAUGGCGAGCUUGCUUAAGAAGACCACUGGCCUUGUGGGAUUGGCUGUAUGUGAGACUCCACAUGAGAGGUUAAAAAUAUUGUAUACAAAGAUUCUUGAUGUUCUUGGACAAAUCCCUAAACAUGCAGCAUAUAGAAAGUAUACAGAACAGAUUACAAAUGAGAAGCUGAGUAUGGUUAAAGCGGAACCAGAUGUUAAAAAAUUAGAAGAGCAGCUUCAGGAUGGCCAAAUAGAAGAGGUGAUUCUUCAGGCUGAAAAUGAGCUAAGUCUGGUGAGAAAAAUGGUGCAGUGGAAACCAUGGGAGCCUUUAGUGGAAGAGCCUCCUGCCAACCAAUGGAAAUGACCAAUAUAAACAUCAUUAAAUGACUUGUGUGUUGAUGGGAAACUGAUGUAAUUAAAUAUUCUAUUAUGUUAAAAAUAUUUCCAUAUUAUUGACAUCUUAUAAUCAAGAAAACUGAUACAGCACAUAUUUAGGAGAUUUGUUAGAAUCGUUGAUUAUGGUAAUAGGGACUUGUGAAUCAGUUUUUGAUUUGUAGAGCAUUCAUUCAAAUUAUUUUGGAGAUAUUUUUUAAAACAGGGGUUGUGGGAAGAUUUGAAAGUUAAUUGGAAAAAUUCCUAUAGAUCUUCAGUGCAGGAGCCAUAUUCAAAAGGUGAAGUAUUUUUAGUAGUAUCUUCAACACAUCAUUUUUUUUAUUGUGAAAAAACAUAAAAGGUACUUAAUUAUUAUUGUUUAAACAAAUUUGUAGGUCACUGUUUGAAAGUGAAGUAGUAAGAAAAAAAACUAAUCAAAUUAGAAUUGAUUGUACACUUGAGAAAAUUGAUUUGGUAUUUGAAAGAAAGAUUUUUAUUUAUAGUGGUAGUUGGAAAAACUUUUCCUUUUGUCUCAUUUUUAAGGAAGUUAGCUUUCUGGCCCUUUGCCUUUAGUUUUCUUGAUCAACCAAAGUAUCAGUACAUUAGGAUAGAGAUAGAAUUUCUGUAAAAGAAGAGACACUAAGAGUUCCUAAAGUUUAUUCAACAUAUAUAUGAUAGGCUUAUAUUCAAAACAUCUUAGUUGUAAGGUUAUAACUUCCAAGUGGAAUCAUUAAGUAGUUUUCACUAAUUUCCAAUAUGAGUGCAGCUGGGUAUCAAACAAGAUAAAUGCUAUUCAAAGAAGAGGCAGUUUGGUAAGUUUAAGGUUAAACAAAAAUAAAAUUACUUUUCAUGUGUCCUCACCUUUUCUACCUAGCCUCCUCUCAUUUCUCAAUAUUUAAUUAAAUUUGGCAGUUCUUACCUUCAAAGAUAAGAACAAAGUACUUUUGUUUUUGUGUGUAUGUGUGCAAGUAUGCGUUUUACUAUCUCUUGUGGCAAAACAAAACCUUUCAGAAUGAAGAAAAAAUGUAUUUUUCUUUUUUUCCAAAUUCCCCCUCUUAUCUAGCUAUAAAUUGAAUACUAAAUGAGUAUUUAUAGUGGAUUGAGUUAAAUUUUAGCAUCCAGACUGCAAGAGAAAGCUUCUGUGUGGGAAGUGGGAAAAGUAUGAGAGGGCGAGUCAAGUCCAGGGGCUCUCAUUCCCAGGUCCUAGCACUAUCCUGAACUCAGUGGAGCUCACUAUCAUGACUAAGUGGAGGCAAGCGGACAGCUUCUCAAAAUGACCUACUUAUUUCCUUCUCUGUAAAAGAAGUAGAAUUUGUGAUUUAUAACUUCCUUUUCAGUUCUAACCAUUUGCUUUAAUAUAUAAUCUUAUCGAGGUCAAAAUAUAUAAUUUUAAAGCAUGUUUGCAUAGCUGCGUUCGAGCUAUUUUUCUGGCCAACCAUUUUUUCAGGUCCUUUGGGUACUUGAAAACAGAAAGAUGACUUGAUACAUACUUCCAUUUCUCCCAUGAUCCUUGGGCAUCCUAUAUAUUUCACCAGCAGUGCUCCUGUGGCUGUUAAUAAAAGGGGACUUUAUAUGAUGUUUACAUUAGAAAUGCUAGUUGUAGUAAUCAUUGUAAUAAUAAUGACUAAUGUUUGUUAAUGUUUGCCAGGCAAUUUUGUAAGUACUUGAGUAAUGUUAUUCAUUGAAUCUGCCCUACAACUCUUAAGAGUGAGAAAAAAAAAGAAAAAAAGAAAACACAUGCACCACAUGGAAUUCAUUCAUUCUUUUGUUUAUUGCAUAUUUCCUGGGCCCCAGCCUUGUAUAAGGCGCUAGGCUGGGCACAGUAUGAAAUGGAUUAGAGUCCUUAGAUAAUCUCCUUGACAGUCAUUUUCCUUUCCUCCCCUUCCUCUUCCUGCCCCCUCCUCCGCCUCAUCACCCUCUUUCUUCUCCUCCUCCCCCUCCUGUCUCUUUCUCCUUCUCUGUUACCUUCUUCUUCCUAGACCUAUUUGAAAUAGUCUUUUUAAAAAUUAACUGAACUGAAAAUUUAGGAGGAGGCAGUCAGUUCAACUCUAUGCACAAUCACACAGAGCAUUUGGAAUCUUCUGCAGGUGGGUGUGGUGAGGUGAAAUGACCUCAGUGGCCACAAAAACAGCAGGUCCCUGACCCAGGGUGAGACAGACAGACUGUAACACGGACUAAGCUGGCCUCGGGAUGGGUGGGCCAGCAAGAUUCUGAGGCUGAGUAACACGGAAAGGGGAAGCAGGCCUAGGUGUGCUCAGGUAAGUUGUGGCCCAGCAACCCAACCCAAGGAUGCAGGUAGGACACAGAGCAGGGGUUGUGGCCAGGCAGGUGGGACAUGGGAGUCAGGCUGAGGAUGUCCAGCUGGGUUUGGAGCCUGGGAGCCCGUCAGAACAUAACCUGGAAGGUGGCUGUUAGAAAACCUGCAGUUUUGUCAAUAGCCAGCAAUCAUUAGUUAGAGAACAAUGGUGAGGACUUCCCUGGUGGUGCAGUGGUUAAGAAUCUGCCUGCCAAUGCAGGGGACACGGGUUCGAUCCCUGGUCCAGGAAGAUCCCACAUGCCGUGGAGCAACUAAGCCCAUGUGCCACAACUAUUGAGCCUGUGCUCUAGAGCCCGUGAACUACAGCUAUUGAGCCUGUGUGCCGCAGCUACUGAAACCUGUGGGCCUAGAGCCCAUGCUCCACAACAAGAGAAGCCACUGCAAUGAGAAGCCCACACACCACAAUGAAGAGUAGCCCCUGCUCGCCACAACUAGAGAAAGCCUGUGUGCGACAUGAAAGACCCAACACAGCCAAUAAAUAAAUAAAUAAAUAUUUUUUAAAAAAGAAAACAAUAGUGAAAGACACUACCCACAACAACAACAUGAAAUUGUAUACCUCUCACAGUAAAGAUACGUGAGGAAAACCAGCAGCUUAGUAAUUUAUAUCCAUUCCUAUAUUUCCUACCCACCUCUUGGGUGCUUUUUUCU